AUGAGUACUAUAUCAUUAGAAAAACUACUAGACAAUCCUCAAGAUAUAUUCAAACUACAAAAUGAUAAAUCAGUCAAAGAAAAUCUUUUCAAUGAACUAACAAAAAGUAUAAUAAAUCCAAUAGUGAAAGAUUAUUCUGUUUUAGAUGAAAUAUAUAUAAAUGGACUAGAUUCAUCUCAAGUCUUUGGGCAAACUAAAAUGGUACUAGAUGGAAUUGGGAGACAAUUAUUGGGAGAAGACAUACCUAGUAUAAAGGAAAGCAUAGUGGAAGAAGAAGAAGAAGAAGAAGAAGUAGAAGAAGAGGAUGAGGAAGAAUUAAAUGAUCAAGAUGAUGAAGUAGAUAUAGAUGGGGAAGAGUUAGUCCAAGAAGAUGAACUGGAGGAAGUCUCCGAGGAUGAAGAGGAUUUUGAUUUAAAGGGAAAUGAAGUAGACUCAGAGGAAAACGAAAAAUUUGAUGAUGACAGAGAAACAUUAGUUGAAAGUGAGGAAGAAACAAAUGAAUCGGGAGCCAAAAAAGAUGGAUUUGGAUUAAAUGAUGGAUUUUUUGACUUAGAUCAAUUUAACAAACAAAUACUAGCAAUGGAGAAAGAGCCAGAAGAUGAUGAAGAAAUAGAUUAUUUUGGGAACAUGAGUGAAGAUGAAGAAGAUGAAGAAGAAAUGGAUUAUUACAAUGAUUUUUAUGAUAAACCUGGCCAAUUCACUAAAAAGAACCAACCAAUACCACAACCACCAGAAGACGAAGAAAUAAGUGAAAGUGAAUUUUUAGAUGAUGACUACGAUAAAGCAGUUGAAUCGGCUAGACUCGAUUUAUUUGCAGAGGAAGAAGCACCACAAAAAGAAAAUUUAUCAUCAUUUGAAAAACAACAAAGAUCGUUACAACAAGAAAUAGCAAAAUUAGAAGCUGAAUUAGUUGCAGAUAAAAAAUGGACAUUAAAGGGAGAAAUAACGUCAAAUGAUAGACCGAAAGAAUCAUUACUUGAAGAAAAUGAAUUAUCUUUUGAUCGUACUGCAAAACCAGUUCCAACAAUAACUGAAGAAAUUACAGAAUCAAUAGAGGACCUUAUAAGGAAAAGAAUCAAAAACGAUGAAUUUAAUGAUUUACCAAAAAGAAUAAUUACCGAUUUAUCAAGAUUUCAUAAGGGUCCACAAGCAGAAGUUUCAGAACAAAAAUCAUCAAAAUCAUUAGCUGAAUUAUAUGAAGAUGAAUACAAUGACAUUGAUGCACAACAAGAAGAAUUAAACGAAGAGGAAAAACGUCAACAUGAAGAAAUUUCAGGUUUGUUUACCAAUGUUAUACAUAAAUUAGAUGCAUUAUGUUCAGCUCAUUUUAUACCAAAACCUCAUCAAAGUAAAAAUAUUGAAAUUAAAGUUACAGAUUCAAGCCCUGCGGCUAUAAGUAUGGAAGAUGCUCAACCAUUACAUGUAUCAAGUGAAUCAAGAUUAGCACCACAAGAAAUUUAUAAAAUUGGUGAUGAUUCUAAAGGUGGUAAUGGACCAAAAGGUAAAUCAGAAGUAUUAUUAAAAUCAGGAUUAUCAUAUUCAAAAGAUGAAUUAGAUCGGGAUGAAAAACAGAGGCUUAGAAGAGCGAAUAAAAGAAAGAAAUCUAAAAUUUACAAAGAAAGAGAAGAAAAUAAAAGACAAAGAACAAUACAACAACCAUUAUCAACAUCAAAAAGAAGUUCAAAUAAUGAUGUUAUUAAUACAUUAUCAAGAGCUAAAAAUAUUACAGUUGUUGGUAAAAAAGGUGAAAAAACUGAUAUUAAAGGUAAUUUGAAAAAAGCAAUUGGCCCACAAACUUCAAAUAAUUUUAAAUUGUAG